UUUCGUACCGGCAGUCGUUAGAAAAUCGUUCGUGUCGUCAGUCUGUCGAGUUCACACACACGCUCACCACGCGCUCGCCGUACACUAUCGAACACACCAAAAUACAUUAAUAAUUUACGAUACGCCGCACGUUAUUUUUUGAUAUUAUAUUACAAAUUUACGAUAUUAUAGUAUAUAUAUAUAAAAAAAAAAAAUAAACAAGUAAUAGCGUUAAAACGUUGAAUACAGAUCGUAACGUUUUUCCUUAAACGUAUCGCACUCAUCAAUUCUCUGUUGCUGCCGCUGUUGCUGCUGCUGCUGCUGCUGCUGCUUUCCCACUGGACUGCAUAGGAAUCAAUUUUUACAGUAUUUACACGUGAAUUUUUUUAUACUUUUUUUAUACAACGGAACGUUAUUUCCGUUUUGGGAAAACGCGCACAUGUGACACUCGCCGUCAUACGCGCAAUUUUUACACGCUCGCUGCAGCAUCACGAGUAUACGAAUUUAACGGAAAAUACCGAUUUUCGCCGACCGUAUUACAAAUUUUAAAAGAAGAAACGCUUAUAACGAGUUAACGUAGAAAUUUAUUUUUCUAAAAUCCGUCUUUUAUCCAAUUAUUUCGUUUCGUCGAAAACAAUUCGCCAUGCCUGCUACGUUAUUUUCGGACUUGGAAUUCUCGGCCAACCAACACAACAACAAGAUCAUCGAAGACACGCGAGCCCUGCAAGUAGCCCUGGAACUCAGCAUGUUGUACAUGAACGGUGAACAGCGACAACAGAAAGCGGAUUCCCCAAUGUCCGGAGGCCCGUCCAUGGACUCCUCGUCAAUGGUACAGAACUAUAUUCCCAACGGAUUUCCGGAAGAGCCAAGGAACAAAAAGAGCCAGAACAUGACCGAAUGCGUUCCGGUACCCAGUUCCGAACACGUGGCUGAAAUCGUUGGAAGACAAGGUUGCAAGAUCAAGGCUCUGCGUGCCAAGACCAACACUUACAUCAAAACUCCAGUGCGUGGCGAAGAACCGGUAUUCGUAGUGACUGGACGUAAGGAAGAUGUGACCAAGGCAAAGAAGGAAAUACUAUCGGCAGCUGAGCAUUUUUCACAGAUUAGAGCUUCGCGCAAGAACAUGGCUGGAACUCUAUCGCCACCAGGACCUCCAAGUGUUCCCGGACACGUCACAAUCCAGGUCAGAGUACCAUACAGGGUUGUUGGUCUUGUAGUUGGACCCAAGGGUGCGACCAUCAAACGUAUUCAACACCAAACAGGAACAUACAUCGUUACUCCUUCCCGAGACAAGGAGCCUGUGUUUGAUGUCACCGGCCUACCAGAUAGUGUGGAAACAGCCAAACGUGAAAUUGAAGCACAUAUUGCUCUACGCACUGGCAAUGGCAUGACUGAUGAAGAAAAUGGUGUUGCUCUAGCCGCCCUCUGCAAGGCUAAUCCAUUGGCUGGCCUUUUUGAUCUUACAGACUCCAUGGGACCAGCUAUACUCUCCGGUAGUUCGGGUUGCAGCUCUGGUUCUGUAAGCUCUUGCGGUUCUGGUGUAUCGGCACUUGGUGACUUGGGAAACAUAUGGUCAGAUGAAGGUAUUGGUGGUGAAUCACCAUCAUUUGAGAACGUCGGUCUCUGGGGUUUCAUGGGAUCGUCCAGACCAUCACCUGCAAGUUCGACAUCUCCACCUCCAUCAAAAAAGACUUGUUUAGUGUGUCACAUGAGAGACAUUGAUGCUGCUCUUGUUCCCUGUGGUCACAACUUGUUUUGCUUGGAUUGCGCAUCAAGCGCUUGCGAUUCCAAUGGAUUAUCCCAUUGUCCGGUAUGUAAAAUACCUGCGCGUCAAGCUAUUCGCAUUAUCUCUUAAGCCAAGAAAAACAUAAAGUACCAUAAUAAAUCCCUUUUAUUUAGUACCUAAAUGAUUCCUAAAAACCGAUCCAAAAUAUUUAGUUUUAAAGUUAGUUUAUAGUUAACACAUUUAUCGCUCUGUUAAGUGGAAUGAAAAAAAAGGGAUUCAAUCGAAGGCUGAUUGAUUUAAUUGACGAACAUUACAAAACCAGUCAUUUUUUUUAAUUAUUAUUAUUAAAUUAUUAUUCUUUUUAAAGAAUUUUUUUAUUAUUAUCCAUUUGGUUAUUGUGUAUUUUGUUGAUAAAAUAUGUUAUUUGUUUAGUUUUUUUUCUCAAAAAUUGACCCGACGAUCUCUAUGAGAAGUCGUAACUAGAAUGUUCUCGCCAGAAAACAUGACAUAAUAUUAAUUUAGCCAGUGUUAGUGAUUAAUAAUUUAUUAUCAACAAAUAUUUCUUGGAGUUUUUUUUUUUUUUUGUAGGUGUUAGAUUUUUAAAUACAAUUACUGUAAACAAAUGUUUAAAGUUUGUUUCGGUUUACUCACGACUGUGUAAGAUUUUAAUAAUGUAUACUGACAUAUCCCUUGUUAAGUUUUUUUUUACAAAAACAAUUUAAAGAAAAUUAACAGCACCUACCUCCAAAUGGAAUUAG